ACAACCAAAUAGCCGCAGCGCCAGCAGCAGCAGCAGUCGCCGGCCAGCAGCAAAACGGUGAUGGCGCAGAACAGCAGCAGCAGCAACAGCAGCAGCAGCAGCAGCAGCCUGUGCAGCACCCGCAAGGGCCGCUGGUAAAAGACCCGCAGAGCCCUCUAGCGCUCGCAGGCCCCCGGGGGCCCCCAGGGCCCACAACACCAGGGGCCACACAGGGGCCCCUGGGGCCCCCAGCCCCACAGGGGCCCCUGGGGCCCCCAUCCCAACAGGGGCCCCUGGGGGACCCAGCCCCACAGGGGCCCCUGGGGCCCCAUUUGGCACUAGCCCCUGAGGGGACCCUGGAGCCGCAGGUACUUGGGGGCCCCCCGGGGCCCCAAAUGCCUCAGGUGCCCAGGGGGCCCCCGGGGACCCCUGGAGGAUCUGCGGAGAUCGAGCAGCAGCAGCAGCAGCAGCAGCAGCAGCAGAAGAGUCUGUCGCUGAGCUCUGCGGCUGUUUUGUCGGGCGCAGCAGCUGCAACGGGAACGCCGGCAGCGAACAGCGACUCGACAGCUGCGACAGUGUCUGCUGCAGCAACGCCUCCCGCUGUGGGGAGCCCGAGGUGUGCCUGGGCCCCUGGACCUCCGAGGUGA